CACCCUGCAUCAACAGCACGUAGUAAAUAAUAGAAGUAUUGUCUUGUACGCAUAGAACACUCUUCCAAUAACCUUUUCGACUUCGUUUUGAGAUUUGCAUGAAUUGUAUUCUUUUGCUGGACAAUUCAACUUAAUCGGUGAACAAUUAACCAGAAGAGGUCACCAGGACACACAGUUUGGAAACAAGUAUCAGCAUUCAUCCCUGUAUUCCACAGUAUUCUAGUUCAUUGGUGUCCAAAAAUGGAGGAGAUCCAGAUUGAAUCAAAACCUUUGCUUGUAGAAAAGGACCUCCAAGGGCUGAGAGAAGCUGUUCAGCAGCUUGAGAUAAAGGAGCAUGAUGUGGAUACGCCAUAUGGCAGGGUCCACUGUACCAUGAGAGGAGUUCCCAAAGGAGACCGGCCUGUCAUUCUUACAUAUCAUGACAUUGGAUUGAACCACAAGACUUGCUUUGACACUCUGUUCAGCCAUGAGGACAUGCAGGAGAUCAUGCAGCAUUUUGCAGUUUGCCAUGUGGAUGCACCAGGUCAGCAGGAGGGUGCCAACACAUUCUCUACCGGGUAUGAGUAUCCUUCCAUGGACCAGCUUGCCGAGACACUUCCUCUUGUCCUCAAACACUUUGGUCUUAAAAGUGUGAUUGGAAUGGCAGUUGGCGCCGGUGCCUACAUUCUUGCAAAGUUUGCUUUGGACUACCCUGCCAUGGUAGAGGGCAUUGUCUUGAUUAAUGUCAACCCCUGUGCUGAGGGCUGGAUGGAUUGGGCAGCACAUAAGAUCACUGGCUGGACCCAUGCUAUGCCUGACAUGAUCAUCAGUCAUAUCUUUGGAAAGGAGGAAAUCCAGCAGAACCAUGAUCUGAUAGCCACUUAUCGUCACCACAUAUUAAAUGACAUGAACCAGUAUAACCUGCAUCUCUUUGUUAAGGCCUACAACAGCCGGAGGGACCUGGAUAUUGAGAGGCCUGUGCCUGGUAUCAACGCCAGAACCAUUAAGUGCCCCUCUCUUCUGGUAGUGGGAGACAACUCGCCUGCUGUAGAUGCUGUGGUGGAAUGCAAUACCAAACUGGACCCUACCAAAACCACUUUGCUCAAGAUGGCUGACUGUGGAGGCUUACCACAGGUUGACCAGCCGGGGAAGCUGACGGAGGCCUUUAAAUACUUCAUCCAGGGCAUGGGCUACAUGCCAUCUGCCAGCAUGACCCGCCUGGUGCGCUCCCGUACUGCCUCUGGCUCCAGUGUCACCUCCUUUGAGGGCAACCGCAGCCGUUCGCACACCAAUGAGGGCAGCCGCAGCCGUGCGCACACCAAUGAGGGCCGGGCCCGUGCGCUCACCGCCGACCACCAGCGCUCACGCACCCACACUGACACUGCAGACACCUCUGUGGACCAGGCUGUGCCCAAGUCUGCAGAAGUGUCAUGCUAAAGCAGAUCACCACCCUUCCCCUAAGACCCCUCUCACACACUUCCUUUAACCGCUGUUCCACAUGUGCUGUGCUGCCACUAAAAUAACAUGCAGAGGAGUGCAGGCUACCAGCUUUUGGCCAUCCAGCACCCCAUGUCACUACAAGAGACAGAAAUCAUCUAGGCCAAAGUGUCUUGUUUGAAAGAUAAAAUGCUGUGGAGUUUAUUGAGCAAUGCAGUGGGGGAGCUGAAACUUCUGUUCUCAUUCCCCGUUUGAGGGCUGGUUUGUUGUUGUUGGGGGUAGCGCAGCACAGACAUUGAUGGAGAGUUUUGCUCUUAACUGAGCAUAUGCAUUUGUAAAUUUGUGUUCACAUAUUAAUUGGCUUUUUUGCAAUCUCAUUUACUUGACUGUAAGGUUACUAGACCAUCACAUAAAUGACUGACUUGUUUUUCUUACUAGUUUUAAUACAUGAUUCCUUUUCUGUAUAUGUUGAAAGGACUGCAAUGAGUGAUGAGAGGAUAGUGUGGUUAUUGGGUAGCAAUUUGGCAUUUUUUUAAUGCUGUCUACCUUUUAAAUUUAAGGGAUCUGCACAGAUUAUUUUCCUUUUCAUUCAUCUGUGGGAUUGUCCUUGGCUUUGGAGUUACAUUUGUAACCCAGCAAUUUGCUGUUCUUUAACAUGAUUUAAAAAAAAAAAAAAAAUCGGUGAUAAAUGAUCGAUGAUUGUAGGCACCAUAUUUAGGGAAUUUUACAAAAAACAAUGCCCAUUUAUCGUAAUUUCUUUCCUAUUUAACAGACUGUAGGAUGCAAAACUAUAGGGGUUUUAUCUGUAUGAUGAAUAUCCAAAUAACUGAUCUAUACAUCUUAAUUGUCAUGGACUUUAAUUCUCAUUUCUAUGCAGUUAAUCACAACAGAACAAAAUGUGCCAUGGCUUCUACUGUCUGGACUUAAUGUUUUGUUUCUGUGGUGGCUUGAAUGAGCAAGGGAAAUUUAGUAACACAGCUACUCCUGAAUCAUUUGCACUAAAUAUAACAUUUGCAGGCUUUGUAGGAUAUUUAGCUUUGUAAAGAUGCCCAACAACCAAAUGUGGAUUACACCAUAUAUUUUUUAAUGGGAUAACACUUGGUAUUUAUUAUUAAAAAAAUAAAAAAUAAAAUAAAACGUGUAACUCA